UUUUCGGCUCCUGGAACUCCUACCUGGAGUAAACAGCAUGAACUAUCCUUUAGAAUGCCGACUCCGCACUUACGCUAUCGAUCGCGCACCGCCAUAUGAGGCAAUCUCCUACGUAUGGAGAGUCUUCGAUGACAACCGGGACAUAAGUUACAUAUUUUGUAACGGAAGGCUUCUGAAAAUAACGUGGAACCUCGACGAGGCCCUAUUUCACAGUACGGGCAGGAAGUCUACAAAAUAUCUAUGGGCGGACGCUAUCUGCAUCAACCAGCGAGACAAAAACGAGCGUGCGCGACAAGUUCGAUCAAUGGGAGCAAUCUUUGCGCAGGCUAGCAGAGUUCUCGCAUGGCUUGGCGGAAAGGCAGGGGAAGCUUUCGAAGUCGUUAGGCUUCUACGCAAAGCUGUUCAUCUAUCAGGACAAACAGAUAGACCAGUAUUGAUUAAGAUGGUGAAAGAAGUUCCGGAGCCUUCGUGGAUUGAUUUCCACGAGGUAGUCUAUAAAGAGUGGUUCAGCCGAAUUUGGAUCUUACAAGAGAUUGGCUUGGCUUCCGAUGCAUUACUUCUUUGCGAGGACGACGCUAUCCAAUAGUCUCAAUUCCUCACAGUCGCCACGGCAAUGGAUGACGUAAUCGGCAGCAUUGAU